GGAAAAAGUGUGUGCAGUGUCCAUGGAGACAUGCCACAGACCACAGCACAGAUAGAGGUUGCGUCAAACCUCCUCUUUCUCUCUUUUUGCUCCCCCACUUUCUCGUUGUUGCCGUUGUUGCCGUUGUUGCCACCAACUGACAAAUAAAUAUCAAACUGCUCUUACUACCGGUACUAUUGGUUUGCCAUGGCGAUGUCUCCUCAUCGCCGCCUGAAGAAGAACGACUCGUUAUCGUCGGUGGGAGCCGAUGCCCCUUCGAGUCGAUUAGGCGGCGACACGGCGAUAUGGCGGGCCCGCAUCUUGUUUAUCGUCUCCAUGUCCUGCGUGGCGACGGUCCUCGGCGUAACGGCGUACUAUUUCAUCAACAAGGCAGAACAAGAUCUAGCCCAAACCAUGUUUGAAUCGAUUGCCGAUCGAGCCUUGAGUGAAGCGGUUAACAUUAUCCAGCUCAAGAGAUGGUCCGCUAUUACUCUGGCCUCCGUGCUCUCCACCAUGGAACCCAACGCAAGCUCUUAUCCCUAUGUUACCUUCCCUGGAAUCGAGCGACUGAUGAACAAUGUACUCACAUCGAGUUCCGGACUCGGAGCUGGAUUUUGCCCGAUCGUUCCUUCUUCCGAUAUUUCCGAAUGGGAAGACUUUAUCUACAAGUAUUAUCAUGAAACACGACAACCUCCGUUUCCCAAUACCACUGCUGUCAGUCCCUUUGGAAAAGGUAUCUGGGGAAGACUAUACCUCAAUGACACUACCAGUGGCAAUGCAACCACCUCCACAAAAAACCGGCAAAAGCCCAUUCGAUAUCGAGACUUUGGGAAUACGACCACCUGGGGAAGUACCCGUCAGAUUGUUACCCCAGUAGCCUUUACCAGCAACAACCCAGAGAAACGCCUGCUCUUCAAUCCACACUCGGACCCUCGUCGAGGGCGGGCCAUUGAUGACAUGAUAGAAUGUUCCCAACGCCGACAUGCCACGGUAACACCCGAUAGUUUGGCAGACCGAGAUUGUGGAGUGAUCACAGGCAUGGUGGACUACAAGAAAGAUCCCGAGCGGGGGCCCUCUGCAGUCAUUUACACCCCCGUGUAUCCAGCCAAUGAUCCCACAACGUUGGUUGGAUUUGUGCCCUAUAGAGUUGUUUUUGAUCAGUUAUUGAAAAACGCUUUUGCUGACGAAGUUUCCGGAGUGGACGUUGUCUUGUCGGCGGGAGACGAAGUCUUCACGUACAAAGUUGUAGACGGGCAAACUGAGCCAAAGGGAGAUGGAGACCUGCAUGAUACACAGUACGACAAAUUUCGCCGAUCGAUUCAGAUCACUGCGCCAGAAUACUACACCGAAAACUCCGCACACUACACCAUGUCCAUUUAUCCAUGUGAUGGUUUAUACGAUGUUUACAGUACCCACAAUCCACUUACGGUCACCAUCGGCGCGAUUUUCAUCAUUAUCUUCAUGUCGGUGCUAUUCUUCGUCUACGAUUUUCUCGUUCGCAGAGAGUUCUUGGCCAAAAGAGAACUUUUGGCGGCCAAGCGCUCCUUUAUGAGGUUCAUUUCUCACGAGGUGAGAACACCACUGAAUGCAGUCUGCAUGGGUAUUACUGUCCUUCAAUCCGAAUUCGCACAGUCCUUGGGCUGUACUUCGGUCGAAGACAUGCGCGCAAAGGCUGAAGGAGGCGGUGAAAACGACAAAAACAAGAGCAAGGAAGAUCUGCUGCAGUAUAUGAAUCCCAACAUAAAAAUGACCAGAUCUUUGUCCAAAUCGAUGACGGUAGGCCCCGCAAAGCCGACGGGCCCUACAAAGACAUUAUCGAAAUCCAUGAUUGACGUGCCGCCGGAAACGCAAUCACCAACACCGUCGCCGCUAUUCUCCCUCGAAACUCCGUCUACCGCGCCAACUUCGGAAGCAAGCGACGGAGAUUCCAUCGUCGGCAACAUGUUGAAGCAAAAGCCUUUCGAGCCUGCUGCGUUGUUUCCUGCGAUCACGUCCGCAAAACUUUUCGGAACUGCACCACGAGGAAUCUCUAGGAGAAGCAGCACGGGAGGCAUGAGGAGACCUGGUGUCAGCCAACAAAAGCUGUCGGAAGAGUCUGUAAUAGAGUGGUUUCGUCUGAGUCAAGAGGUUUUGCGCAAUACGUUGUGUGCUGUGGACGUGCUCAGUGAUGCUCUGAAUUACGAUAAGAUCGAAUCUGGUUCCUUGACACUCGAACUGGCGAAAUUACCAAUAUGGGAGAUUGUCAAAGAGACGAUGGGCGAAUUCCGGCUUUCGGCACAGCGAAAAAACAUUGACUUUCAGCUCGAAUUCCGCACCGAAGUUGACGACAGCGAUCCUCUGCUUGCAAAGGACGUAGAAUCGCCUAGCAGUCCGGUCAAAUCAGUUUCCGAACUCUCUGAGGAAACAAAGAGUUGCAAAGUCAUUGGUGAUCAAGUCCGGCUUGUUCAGGUGCUCCGAAACCUUUGUUCCAAUGCAAUCAAGUUCACUCCUGAGAAGGGAUCCGUUCAUAUCGUGGCUACAUGGCACCGGCCCACGUCAGAGGAGGCGGCGAGCCAACCCCGCCGCAUACAUCUGGGCAAUGGGGACGUCUUGACGUUGCCUCGAAACGGGUAUGUGACUGUGGCGGUGCAGGAUUCGGGAGCUGGCUUGACUCAGGGACAAGUUCGAUCUCUCUUCCGAGAAGGGGUGCAAUACAAUGCCAACAAGCUUCAGCAGGGGAAGGGUAGUGGAUUUGGCCUUUUUAUUUCAAAAGGGAUUGUGGAGUGUCACGAGGGUUGCUUGGAAGCGGAAUCUCCUGGCCUAGGCCAUGGUUCGACGUUUACGAUGCAUCUCCCCCUGUACCUGUCCCCUGACGAUGAAACCAGCGAGCAAUCGGAAAAGAAGUUACAAUGUUACACUGAGGCUUCCACGGAGAUGAAUAAGCUGAACAUUCUUGUUGUCGACGAUAUUGCGUCGAACAGGAAGCUACUUUGUCGAUUGCUGAAGAACGCAGGCCACAACUGCGACUCUGCAGACGAUGGCGACGUUGCCUUGCAGAUGGUGAUCGACAAGGAAGCGGAAGGGGGGUACUACGACACGGUCCUGCUGGACUACGAGAUGCCAAAGAUGAAUGGUCCGACUGCAGCCAAAGAGAUGCGACAGCUUGGUUCGGAGUCUUUCAUCGUGGGCAUCACUGGGAACAUGCUUCCCGAAGACGUGAGCUAUUUCAUGUCUUGUGGCGCUAAUGCGGUUCUUCCAAAGCCGGUGAAGAUCAGUGAUCUGGAAAACCUUUGGGUUGAGUAUGGGGUUGUGUCACAAGCUGCUGUCGAGCCAGAGGAUAGCGGCCAGAUGACAUGAGCAUGUUGGCUCGAGACUGAGUGGCGCUGAUCCUUUCCAACUUGAAGAAAGCCUUUCGAUUCCGGUCACCUUGGUCCGAUUCCGUGCCGUACUGGUAAUUGGUUCCAGCUCGGACGCAGAGAGGUAGAGCGGAGGUUCGAACAUGUCUGCAGCUCGCUUGCUUCAUCCAUCGUCAGUCGGUGGUCCAACCAACUGGCGGGAAGACACAGAAGAAAACGAAAGACCUGGUGCAGACCCCGCCGCCCAAAAUGGUAUUUAAAAAAAAACCCAACAGCAACAACAUCCAUUUUAAAACGGAUUCAGACAAGAAAUGUUUGAGGAUGACCCAGGAGCCCAGGCCCAGUUGUUUCCUGCAUUCAAGUCUGCUCACUGGUCACAAUUGCCUCCUGAGAGGGUGUGACACCUUUUAGCUAUCUUAAAGGGUUUGUACACUGAGGUCUGAGCUAUGGUUGGCAUACCAAAGCAGGGCCUUUCGAGUCAAAACGAAGACUCAAGUAUAUGCUGCCUAUAACCAUACCGGUUACAUCAUACCAUUUUGCACAGUUGAUACGAUGCUAGUCCUAGCUAGAAAUAGCCAUUUGGGAGUUAGUUAUGGAGUAUCUGCACGAGAAUAGCUGCACAGGUUCAGAAGAUUUCAAUUUGAGCAACUAGCUAGCCAGCAAUCAUUUAUCUGUAUCCAUGUUUUGCUAGCAGUUGGUUCUUUUAUCAUCUCUUUUGUCGUUGAAAGUAGCUAGCAAGUGUCUGUUUUGUUUCUUCAUAGGUAGCAAACUGAAUAGCUCCGCUGAGGAGUGCCUUGCCCACACGAGGGCUCACG